AUGAAGUUCAUUCUUCUUUUUCUUGCAAGAUACUACUUCACAAACUGGCAUGGGACUAGUGAAAACGAACCCUCAGUGUGGAGGCAUACCCCAAAGAAGGCAAAGAACUCUUACGACAAGAAGCUGGCACCGGAAGGAACCCCAAUCCUGGAUGCAAACUCAUUGGAAUACAUCUUUGCACAGGGUCAGUAUGAUUUAGUGAAGGGACUGGCACCAAUCCGUGACCCUAAAAAUGAUCAAGAAGUUCAUGAAAUUGAAAAUGAGUGUCUGGGAAUGGCUGUGCUUGCAAUCUCUCAUUAUGCUAUCAAGAAAAAUGUGAAGCUGCCAGAGCUGCCCAAAGAUAUCAGUUAUAAACAUUAUAUUCCUGAAACUUUGAACAAGACUAUCAGGCAGAGGAAUUUCUUAACCAGGAUUCGGAUAAACAACGUUUUCAAGCAUUUCCUUAAAGAGUUCAACAAUAAAACCAUUUGUGACAGUAGUGUGUCUCCACGCGAUCUGAAAGUUAAAUACUUAUCAACAAUGGAGACUUUGACUAAAUAUUAUGGAGCAGAAAUUUUUGAGACUUCAUCUCUGCUUAUUUCAUCUGAGAGUGAAAUAAAUAGAUUUAACUGUGGAGACGGUGAGAUCAUUCCAUUAUAUGAAGUCAUCGUGACAGGAAACAAUGGAAUUCAGUGGAGGCUCAAGCCAAAUUCUGUACAGACGGAGAAAGAGAAGAAGAAAAAAUCUGAUGGCAAAAUCAAAAAGGAUGAAGAUAGAUACAAAACCCGAGAUUUGUGGAACAAUUUUUCCUAUUUUCCUGAAAUCACUCACAUUGUCAUCAAGGAGUCUACGGUUAGCAUUAACAAGCAGGAUAACAAAAAAAUGGAAUUAAAACUGUCCUCACAUGAUGAAGCUCUGUCAUUUGCAUCAUUAAUAGAUGGAUACUUCAGACUUACAGCAGAUGCCCACCAUUAUCUCUGCACAGAUGUGGCUCCUCCACUGAUUGAACACAACAUAAAAAAUGGUUGCCAUGGACCCAUUUGCACUGAAUAUGCCAUCAACAAACUGCGACAGGAAGGGAAUGAAGCAGGAAUGUAUGUACUGAGGUGGAGCUGCACAAACUUUAACCACAUCCUCAUGACAGUGACUUGUCUUGAAGGCCCAGAGAUGAUAAAUAAUUCAGUGCAGUACAAGAACUUCCAGAUUGAGGUGAAGAAAGGCGGGUACUUCCUACAUGGCUCAAACAGGUCUUUUGCGUCCUUAAAAGAGUUGAUGGAUCACCUGAAAGGACAAAUCCUUCGCACAGACAACAUCAGCUUUACGUUGAAGAGGUGCUGCCAACCAAAGCCAAGAGAAAUCUCCAACUUGUUGGUUGCAACCAAGAAGGCUCAGGAAUGUCAGCCUGCUUACCAUCUAGGGCAGCUGAGCUUCCAUCGAAUCCGCAAAGAAGAAAUAAUGCAGGGUGAACACCUUGGAAGAGGGACGAGGACACAGAUUUACUCAGGGAUUCUCAACUACAAAGAUGAUGAGAAUGAAGGAUAUCAAAACGAAAAAGAGAUUAAAGUACUCCUCAAAGUUUUGGACCCCAGUCACAGAGACAUUUCUUUGGCCUUCUUUGAAGCAGCAAGCAUGAUGAGGCAGGUUUCUCACAAGCACAUCGUCUUUCUCCAUGGAGUCUGCGUCCGUGACUUAGAAAAUAUCAUGGUUGAAGAAUUUGUUGAAUUUGGGCCUCUGGAUUUGUUUAUGCAUCGGAAAAGUGAACUCCUGACAACUCCCUGGAAAUUCAAUGUAGCCAAGCAACUUGCAAGUGCGCUAAGCUACCUGGAGGAUAAGGAUUUGGUACAUGGAAACGUGUGUACUAAAAACAUCCUACUGGCAAGAGAGGGAAUUGACACCGAAUAUGGGCCUUUCAUAAAGCUGAGCGACCCAGGAAUCCCCAUAACUGUGCUGUCCAGGCAAGAAUGUGUGGAGCGAAUCCCCUGGAUUGCACCCGAAUGUGUUGAAGACUCAAAAAAUUUAAGCAUUGCAGCAGAUAAGUGGAGUUUUGGUACAACACUGUGGGAAAUCUGCUAUAAUGGAGAAACACCACUGAAAGACAAGACAUUGGCAGAGAAGGAAAGGUUCUACGAAGGGCAUUUCAUGUUGAUAACACCAUCGUGCAAGGAACUAGCUGACCUGAUGAAACAGUGCAUGAACUACGACCCCCACCAGAGACCCUUCUUCAGAGCUAUCAUGAGAGACAUCAACAAACUGGAGGAGCAAAACCCUGAUAUCGUCUCGGAGAAGAAGCCUGUCACAGAGGUCGAUCCCACACUCUUUGAAAAACGAUUCUUGAAGAGAAUCCGUGAUUUGGGAGAGGGCCACUUUGGGAAGGUUGAACUCUGCAGAUACGAUCCAGAAGGUGACAAUACAGGAGAACAAGUGGCAGUUAAAUCUCUGAAGCCAGAGAGUGGAGGGAAUCACAUUGCUGAUCUCAAGAAGGAAAUAGAAAUCUUGAGGAAUCUGUAUCAUGAGAACAUUGUCAAGUAUAAGGGAAUUUGCACAGAAGAUGGAGGAAAUGGGAUUAAACUCAUCAUGGAAUUUCUUCCUUCUGGGAGCUUAAAGGAAUAUCUGCCACGAAACAAGAACAAAAUCAAUCUCAAGCAACUUCUCAGAUACGCAGUUCAGAUCUGCAAGGGGAUGGACUACUUGGGCUCCCGUCAGUACGUGCACCGUGACUUAGCAGCAAGAAAUGUCCUUGUUGAAAGUGAGAACAGAGUGAAAAUUGGAGAUUUUGGUCUCACCAAAGCCAUCGAGACUGAUAAGGAGUACUACACUGUCAAAGAUGACCUCGACAGCCCUGUAUUUUGGUAUGCUCCAGAAUGCUUGAUUCAGAGUAAGUUUUACAUCGCCUCAGAUGUGUGGUCGUUCGGGGUGACGCUGUACGAACUGCUCACCUACUGCGAUUCGGAGUCCAGCCCAAUGACAGAGUUCCUGAAGAUGAUUGGCCCCACACAGGGCCAGAUGACGGUAGCACGGCUCGUGCGUGUCCUACAAGAAGAGAAGCGUUUGCCACGUCCACCCAACUGCCCCGAGGAGAUCGACCAGCUGAUGAGGAAAUGCUGGAUAUUCAAGCACGAUAAGCGGACAACCUUUCACAACCUGAUUCAAGGGUUUGAAACAAUUAUGAGCAAGAUGUAAUUCAGUUUUUAUACUGUCAGUGCUUUAAUGGUGUGUCAAAAUAUAAAUGCCCAAGGCCUUUCACUUUUUAACUACUGUAAUUUGUAUUCUGACUGUGCUAGCGUGUUCAAAGGAUCGUUUUUCCAACAGUUUUCCUUUUUCUUUUUUAAAUUUAGUGAACAGUUGGAUCAAAUUAAUUAUGAGGUAUGGCAGAAACAAUAGCUUCAACUCCUCUUGCACCAGUUACUGCAAGACAGUUUUCUCUUUGUUAUGGUCUCGCUCCACUCUGAACUAUCCUGAUGAAUGUGAGCUGAAAGCAGUGUCAAAAAUUGCUACAGUUCUCAGCAUGUCUCAGUGCAAUCUGUGGCAUUUAAAACACGUUUGCUGUUCAUGCUUAUUCUGUGAACCAGUGGAUGUAACAGUACUCAUCCUCAUUUCUUAUGAAGUUCUGAGAAAGUCUGGAGAAAAUUCUGGCUGACGAAUCCCCUCCCUGUGCACUUACAUUUCAGAAACAAAAAACCAAUUUGGCAUAAAAAAAAAAUCUAGAGAAAAAGAAAAUAAUAAGAAGCCAGCUGCAGCUCCAAGCUCUUAAAGAUACUUUAAAAGUGUUAUUUGAUUAUCAUAUUUCAAAAAGUAAAAAAAAAAAAAAAAAA